UGCGUCACUUGGCCGUCUGCCACAGCCAAGACCAGCCGCGUCCCUACGACAGGCUCGAAUAAGCUCAGGAUUGCCCACCGGUAGCCUGAGAUUAUACGAUCAUUCCGAGGCCUGAGUUGGAUAACAAGCGGGCAAGUGUUGUUGAUCCCAUUCUGACUAAUCUGAGUCACGGGAAAGUCUCUCAACACAUCUCGGUUUGCAUCGGGCCUGUCGUGCGGUUUUUACCUGAAGUAAUCAGUGAACGUUAACUCCAAGACCUUCCUUCCUGUUUUGUCUUCCUUCUCUUCAUCGUCUUCAAGUCACUAGUUGCCAAGAUCCUGUGUCUCUUCUCUUCAAGUAACUCCCUGUAUUCCCGCAAGUUGCUCAAGCUGUACCUUCCCUCAAACUCUCCAAGUACAGCCCGAGUCACACGGGAACAAGAUAACGAAGUCUCCACGCCCGAGCAACACCACGGGUCCCCGCACCACCAAGCCAGCAACAGCAGCAGCAGCAGCAGCGUAAGCGUGACGUGGACGCCUCACAACUGGGUCAUCUGGCCGCCCACCCGCCCCCGCCGCCCACCUUAGUGUGUCUCGCGCUGCUCCUCUCGGCCACAAGUGUUACCCAAGCGCGAGCGAGCGCCCAGCUGACCUCCGCCGCUCGAAGGAAGACUCUCGUGACGGGCACAACUUUCACGUGACGCAACUCCCAGUUUCAACACGGGGGACAACACCAAACUCCUCUUAUACUCCGCCGGACAGGACAGCGGCUCACACUGCAGCGCUCAGCAAGCAGCACAUCAUCUCAGCGAGUGACACACCCACACUCGCGCGCCGCCUCCUGAACACAGGGAAAGUGAAAGUUAAGAGAGUGGUCAGGCCAGCCAGCCCAACCCUCCGUUGCCUGGGAGAAGCAGUGUUACCUCAGCCCCGGUGACAGUCUUCCUCGAGGAGUGUGUGAUUGUGACUCCGUCGUCAGUGCGACGCUCGGUGUAGCAGCACAGCCUUCUCGCACAGCCUCAGCCAACAUCUUGUGUCAAUAGAAAGUGUUCUUGGCGCUGGAGUUGUCAGUGAAGGGCAUCCCAGUGUUAGUGCAAGCAGUGAGAGGAGUGUGUGCUCCGUAUUAGUGAGUGAGUGAGUGUGCGCUGUUAGUGUCAGUGAUUCAUUAGAGCUGCUCUACCAACGCAGUGCUGAGAAAUAAUUCACAAUGCCAGGAUUUCACGGUACUAAAGUGGCGUUCCAGCCGGACUACCAGCAGAUGAUGCAGCAGCAGCAUGCCCGGGCUCUCUAUGCCCGCCAGCAGCAGCAGCAGCUGCGUGCCGGGCACAUGGCUCACCCAAUGUUUGACAUGUUGCGGAAUCGCCACAUCCAGGAUAAGGCAGACUACAUCCGCAUGAUGAAGACCCGUGAGCACAAGAAAAUGCAUGGGGAGCCUGGAUACCCCACCUUCGACAGUCUCAAGCUGCUUGGCGCAGACAACGACGCCUUGUACCUGGAUGCUUUCAUGGCCGAGACUGAGGGCAAGCACCGCUCCCGCAGCAGCUCCCACGCCUCCAAGAGUGGCAGCAGCAAACGCUCCAGCAUGAACGUGGAUGAAAUCAAGAAGACGCUCCUGAACGGCUUGCGGACCGCGCAGAGCGAAGAGGACAUCUAUGAGUCUGUGGAGGUGAUUCAGUACAGGAAAACCAUCGAAGCUCUGAGUCGCCAAAACAAGAUUCGCUCCGUGCCCAAGACCGGCCAUCCGCUGUUCGAUCACCUGCGAGUGGAGAAUGUGCUCAAGCCCCGCCGCCAGCAGAGUGUGGAGCACGGUGGCCGCCGCGCCGACAUGCAUUCCAGUGACGGAGGAAGCAACUCCCAGAGCUCAUCUGGCUCCAGCGACGAGUUCGAUUACGCCAGGAAGCCCAACACCCGCUUCUCUCGCAGGGAAGUGCUGAUGGCCGGCUCACAGCAGGUCAAGAAGCAGCCCAAGGAGGCACGCCACUCCAAGCACCCUAGCAGGCAGGUGCCUGACGCUGGCUCUGAGUCUGAUGAUGACUGGGCCAUCCCGCGCCCCAAGAUCUGCCAGGGUGGUGGUCGCAGCCGACGGACCGGCGCCAUCGUCUCCUCCCAUGAUGAGUCCGACAGCUCAAGUAAGUCGACGGGUCUCCGGUGACGCUCUCGCCUGCACGUUCCUGCACCGCCCCCGCUGUAGCCGCCUGCCUCCCUAGGGAGACCUGCACUACACUCCCCGCCCGGCGGCCCCGCCCCAGGUCGCACCCCUGGGCGAUCAGUUAGCGCCCCGUGGCCCCGUCUAGCUGCUAGACGCAUGGGCUGGGGCUGCAGGGCGCCACGAUACAUGUCGCCGCCCCAGGGGUGCGGCCCGUGGCCUCCCGCUCCUCUAGUCCAGAGAGCCUCGGAGGGACCCGCGGGCCCCGCCGGGCAGAGGCUCCUGUCCCCCACCGCCCGCCUUCCCGGCCCCCUUGUGGCUCAGCCAGCCAUCGCCAGUGCCACAGCCGCCGCCCUAUGACACUGGCGUUCCUAGGUUGCCACUGGGCCGGCGAGGGAGGGGCGGGGAGGAUCGACUGAGUGUGCACGGAGCACUGCCUGUUUCAGUGUUGUAGUCUGACUUUGUGUGCACCACUCACGCCGCACCACAGAUACAUACACGCAUACACACAUGCAUUUUCACACACACGCAUUCACACACACAUACAGAUACACACAUUCACAAACACGGACAGGCGCACAAGCACCACAUACGCACCUGCUUGCACCGAUACAUUGUAUCAUGUACAUACCUGUACAGUAACAUCUCCCAUACACUCACUGUCCCGUUGUUUAUGUUUGAAUGUUGCCGCUGAAUGUCCAUUGGAUGACUAGCUUAAGUAGAGAUAAUCCCAUAACUGGUUCUUCCAUAUUUAUCAUGUGUGUUGUAGCUGCCGGGAGCGUGUUUGCCCCGCCUGGAGACUUGUAUCUACCGACUCGGGCAUUGUGCUUCAAUAAAAGAGGUAGAGGGGAC